UUUUUGUUUUCUUCGUAAUUUCAUUAAUUAGUCAACUCGUCGGUUCCUUUGUCAUACUCAAAGCAUAAAUUUUUUUUAGAAAUUUUAUAUUAUAGCAUGGAACCUAAAGAUAAGGAAAGUGUUAAGGAGGAUUUGGUUACUACAAAGCCGACUUUACUAAAUGUUAUGUGUUCAAUUUGUUUCGAUUUUUAUGAAAAUAAUGAUCAAAUUUUUUCCACAACCUGUGGUCACAUAUUUCACAAGAAAUGUUUGUACAUCGCACUUAAAAAUUCAAAGACCUGCCCAGAAUGUCGUCGCCCAUCGGGAAGCAACCGAGUACAUCCUAUAUUCCUCAAUUUUGGUGAGCGCACCGAAAUGGACUUGAAAUGGAAUGAAUCGAAUGCUUCUGAUGCCUAUGCAAAUAUACCUAUUUGGACACCAAUAUAUGGUUUAGAAUGGAAUGGUUCACAACGUGUCCCACAGCCUCCACCAGAACCAGACGAAGCAAUUCAAGCAGGUACAGAUUCCGAAGGUAAUCCCACAUAUGUGGCUCGUGUUUAUUUCCAAGACGAUCUUCUGCCGGCCGGUUAUGUGCCAUCUAAAGGAGUUGCAUAUGCGUCGCACGGUUGUCAUGGGUAUACGUUGAGUGAAAAUAUCGAAUUAUUGAAUAAUUUCAAACACCAAUGGGUAGCCGAUUCAAAUGGUCACGUACCAGAAGGUGCUGUAGUUGGCGGAUAUAGUGAAACCGAGGAGGAUUUGUAUAUAGCACGAGCACAAUAUAACGAUAAGAUAUUGUUGGGAAAGGUACAUCCUUCGCACAGGGUAAUGUAUAUGCCAUACAAUGGCAUUGAAGUGCAUACAACUGAAUAUGAAGUAUUGGUGCAAGAAAAGGUCACUGUUCAAAGUGUUGGAGAAACGAAUAAUGAAGCUUAAACGGAAAUAAGCAAAUAUUUAAUAACGCACUUGACACUGCAACAUAUAUAUACAUACAUAUUCGUUGGAUUAUUAUAUUAUUAUUAUUACUAUUAAAAAUAAUCAGUUAUACGGCCGCAAAUACAAAAAAUCCCUAUCUUUUCAUAAACAUUUUUUUUUAUAAAUAUGAAAGUCAUAAGUGAUAUUAGAAAAAAAUGUAAUAAAUCUUUAAAUUGUACUUAAUGUUAUGUAAAUAUAUAAAAAUUUAAUUAAAAAUAUACUAAACCAAAAACUU